AUGGCGGCCAAAUGCAAGACCAAGUUGUCCAUGCUGCGCAUGAAGUUCAUGCAAAGGGGGCUGGACUCAGAAACCAAGAAACAACUAGAAGAGGAAGAAGAGAAGAUCAUCAGUGAAGAGCACUGGUACUUGGAUUUGUCAGAGCUUAAAGAGAAAGAGAGUGUCACAAUAGAGGAGCAGAGUUUCUUGUUAUGGGAAGAUCUUCUCUAUGGAAGAAUAUCUUUCAGAGGAUUUAAUCCCAAAGUUGAGAAAUUGAUGCUUCAGAUGAAUGCUAAGAGCAAAGUAGAGGAAGAAAAUAAAGUCAAAGUAGUAAAGUGUGAUGUAUCAGAUGAGGAAAUGGCUAGAAGAUACAAGACUUUGGUGGAGACAAUUGGAAAAAGUUUGCCAAGAAGAGAGACCAUGCCAAUUACAAAGGAAGAUGGAAAUGGAGACAUAAAACCAUUUAAAACAAAGAAGAUGUUCUUAAAGUUCCAAGAUUAA